AUGAGUCUUGCUGUGAUCGGCGCACCUAAAAUAGCCAGUCCUUGGCAGCCUUUAAGUUUGGUAAUAGCUGCAGGACUUGGCAGUAUUCUAGUGAUAAUCGGCAUGGCACUGGGUUUAGGCUUGGGUAUUGGAUUAAAUAACAACAGCCAAACGUUAAUAGUCGUGGCGACGACGACAAGCGCAACAAUAGCGACUAGUCCUUCCAACAUUAUAACCAUCACUAAUAGAAAUCCAAGAGUAUCUAAUACAGUGGCAACACCUAACACACUCACAACAUUGAUAACAUCAUCUGAAACAACAGAGUCAACAGAACUAACAGGAGCAACAAUAACAACAGCAGCAAUAACAACAGCAGCAAUAACAACAGCACCAAGAACAACAGCAGGUUAG